GCCACUGGCCUUGGGGCGGAAGGCUCUAAGGCUCUCACUUUGGGGUUGGAGGUUUCUCUCGUUCUGUGAUUUGUUUACAUUUUUUGGUAAUUGGGUGAUAAAUAUUGUCCUCGAGACUCCGGGACGUCGGUCGUCAGUGGAAAUGCGCCCGUAUCCGGAGGAUCCACGUCGUAAGACAGCCAGGAAGGUGGAAAAGCGGGUCGGACAAUGACGAGGGACGUGACGAUGAGAUCCACCUGGUCAGGACUUCGGCUCUUUUCCCGGGCGGAUUAUCGCUUCUUCUUCUCUUCCUCGAUGUCGCCUUGUUUUUCUCUCGUCUACUUUUCCCUCGGAGUCGUCAUCUCUCUGAUUUUCCUUCGUCUGAAAGACGCCUAUCUCGGGCCGCCGGAAAGCGAAGCACCUCUCGUCCAGCGGAGGGAAGUCGGAGUUUUCCAGAUGUUUCCGCCUUCCAUGCACCUCGAGAUGCAGCGGCACGUCUCGCCCGAGUUCGACGUCUCGACCUCGUCCAAGAAGAUAGAAACCACCAAUCGUUCGUAUGUUUGUUUUACAGGCAACACGAUUGAAGCUUUCAGUUCUAUCCAAGCCGCGAAGGAGAUGAUCGCUUCAGGGAAAAUGGAUAAAGCUCAAAGAUUAUUUGAGCAUGCACUGGCCUUAGCACCCAACAGUCCGGACAUUCUGAACUAUUACGGAGAAUUUCUGGAAUCCACCAAAGCUGAUAUAGUGGAAGCUGAUCACCAUUACUUAAAAGCUUUAAUACGAAGUCCUGGUCAUUCGGCGGCUUUAGUCAACCUCGGGAGGAUAUCCGCCCUCGUCGAAGAGAUGGACAAUUCGGUGUUAAGGAGGAUAGACGGGAAACGUGACACAGUGUCGAGGAUUCCAGAAACCAAUGCUGCCUUAAUGAAAGCCAAACGGGAGGCGUACUACCAGCACAUAUAUCACACAGUUGGAAUAGAAGGAAACACAAUGACGUUGUCACAGACGAGAACGAUUGUAGAAACGCGGAUGGCCGUCGGUGGUAAAAGCAUAGCCGAGCAUAACGAAAUUCUCGGCCUGGACGCUGCUCUUAAAUACAUCAAUACGACUUUGAUCCACAGGAUUGGUCGGCUAACGAUUGAAGACAUUCUAGAGCUCCACAAGAGGGUUUUAGGGUUUGCCGAUCCGACGGAAGGAGGUGCAUUUCGUAGGACGCAAGUGUUUGUAGGCGAUCACGUCCCUCCUGCGCCUUCGAGCAUCCCUCCUCUUAUGAGUGAAUUUAAAGAGUGGCUCAACAGCUGGAAAUCGAUGACGCUCCAUCCUGUGAGAUACGCCGCACUCGCGCAUUACAAGCUCGUACACAUUCACCCUUUUCACGAUGGAAACGGCAGAACUUCUCGACUGUUGAUGAACAUGAUUCUAAUGAAUGCCGGCUACCCACCAGUUAUUAUUUUAAAGCAGGACAGAUUGAGAUACUACCAAGUGUUGGAAGCGGCGAAUGAAGGAGAUGUCCGGCCGUUUAUGAGGUUUAUCGCAGAAUGCACCGAGAGGACGCUCGACCUAUUUCUGUGGAGCACAUCGGAAUAUUCCAGUGAAGUUUCUGCCAUCGAGCCAGUACCUGAAAUCGUCGGUUCUCAUCAUUCGUGUUAUAAACAAAUCACCCCCGAUACUUAAGCAAUAAUUAAAUUUGAUUAAAUUAUUAUACACUAUUUUGUUAAUGUUGGCUAAUCGAAAAUAAAACACAUUUUAUCACUGUUU